AGGUGGAUAACUGGAUUUGUAGCGGAAUAUCGUCGUCUCCCUCGAACAAGUCCAAGCAAAAUACCCAGUUUACAGUCCCAGCAAAUCUAGGCCAUGAAAUUGGCUUCCACACUUCACAAUAGUACAGUUCGAAUCCCAUUCACUUUCGACCUUAAUUUGCAAAGAGCUUCCCUAAUUUCAUGCCCCAAAAAUGCUCGAGUUCAAUUUUCUCUUCCUCGUUCUUACCCCCUUUAUUCAGGUGUUUGCGAUUGUGGUCGGAAGUAUUAUUAUUCAAAAAUUUUCUGCGCAAGAAAAACUGAGCAGGAGCAAGAAUCGUCUGCUUCAGAGGGGCAGACAUCAACUUCUCCAUUACGUGAUGGUGUCUUUGGCGUUGAUGGCUCUGAAAACAUAUCUUCCAUCAGUAAUUCAGGGGAGAAAGAUCCAAAGACUGUAGAUUAUGCCUCUUCGCUGAGAACUGUAGCCUCAUGCGUGUUCUCAGCUGUGGCAUUUGGUGUUGGUUUGGGUUUUAAAUAUGGAGUUGGCAAGGCAUCUGAAUUUUUUGCUGGGUACCUACUUGAGCAAAGUUUAUCGGUGGACAAUCUAUUUGUCUUUGUAUUAAUUUUCAAGUAUUUCAAAGUGCCACUUCCAUAUCAGAAUCGGGUGCUCUCUUAUGGAAUUGCUGGUGCAAUAAUCUUCCGAUUGACAUUGAUAUUUCUUGGAUCAGUGACUCUUCAGAGGUUCGAGGCAGUGAACCUACUCUUGGCAGCGAUUUUACUCUACUCGUCGUUCAAGUUAUUUGCUGAAGAAGAUGAAGAUGCUGAUCUGUCAGAUAACUUCAUAGUAAAGACAUGUCAGAAAUUCAUCCCCGUCACUUCUAACUACGAUGGCGAUCGAUUUAUAACUGUUCAGAAUGAUGUGUGGAAGGCUACACCUUUGCUUCUGACGGUUGCAGUUAUUGAACUCAGUGAUAUUGCAUUUGCUGUGGAUUCUAUACCAGCAGUUUUUGGGGUGACACGAGAUCCUUUCAUAGUUUUCACGUCUAAUCUCUUUGCCAUUUUAGGUUUAAGGUCAUAUUAUACCCUCAUUUCUGAGAGUAUGGCAGAUUUGGAGUAUUUGCAGCCUGCCAUCGGUGGUAUUCUGGGAUUUAUCGGGUGCAAGAUGAUUCUUGAUUUCUUUGGUUUCCAUGUAUCUACUGAGGUUUCCCUUGGAUUUGUGGCUACAUCUCUCAGUGCUGGGGUGUUGCUGAGUUUAAUAAUAAAGAAAUCUGACUGAAAAAGAAGCCCAGGAUUGAUGAAGAACUAAACUAUACCCAUCUUCUGUAGAUUUUUCAGCAUUUUACUGCAACAACACACUUGUUGAAUUUUGCCUUUUAGUUUCAAUAUUGACCUCAUGUGAAUUUUUAUACAUUUCUACAGAGGUGCUAAAACUAAAAGUUGCAAAGACGAUAAUAGGUGGCCAGAUAAAAGUUGAUGAAAUUUGUAGUUAAAAAGUUGUAUAUCCUAUGAUAUGUGUGUGUAAUUAA